GCGGUAUAUCCUCGUACUUUGCUGAACCAAAACAACAGAAGAUGCCUCAGUUCUGCUCGGCUUAUUCGUGUUUAAAUCUACGAACUGUUGAUGUCAGGGACCGGGGGAUAACUUUUCACAAGUUUCCAAAAGAUAAAGAGAGGAGGAAGAGGUGGGAAAUAGCUUUGAGGAGGGAUGGAUUCACUGCAAGUGAUUCAUCUGUACUAUGCAGUGAGCAUUUCAAAACGGAGGAUUUUGACAAAACAGGUCAGAUUGUCAGACUGAGAGCUGAUGUGAUACCAUCAAUUUUCAGCUUCCCAGUUCACCUUCAAAGAGUUGAAAACUACAGAACUACAAUAACCUCCACAAAAGCCCAAAGUAGUGAGUAUGUGGCCUCUCAAGAUGACCCAGAAACUUGUAGUUCAGACCUGCAACCUCAGUCUAAUGAUGAUCAUUGCUAUGCUUUGCCAGCUUCUCUUACCGCUGUCACUGCAAAACAUAAGAGAGCGUUGGCAAGAGUGGAAUAUCUGGAGAGGGACAAGAAAAACACCAUGGCCAGAGAGAAGAGGAGGCCUGGCCAGCUGUCCAUCAGCAGCAGCUAA